AUGGCUACGCCUUACGCCCUUAUUCCCCACUUCAGCUUAGACUUCCUAGUCUAUCUACUCGUCUUCUCCGUCUUCACAAUGGCCGACUCGGCGAGGCCACGCUAUACUUCCAUCAUCAGCUUCGGGGAUUCGAUGACAGACACAGGAAACGCUUUGAUCGCCGAGCCAGAGCUCAACCAAGUCUUUGGCAAGCUACCCUACGGAAGAACAUACUUCGGACGUCCGACGGGCCGGCAAUCCGACGGCCGCCUUGUUGUGGAUUUCAUCGGUACACCCUUUUCCGUGUCUAGCCACCGUAGAAAACCAUGAUCACAGAUGUCCAUCCAGCCCGCUGUCUUCUUUUUACUGGAGCUAACGCUGGACACUACGUCUGCUUCUGUUGCUACAGCACAUGCUUUCGGACUACCGCCACCUCCACCAUACUUGGGAGGACGUAGCCAGGACUUUCGUCAUGGAGUGAAUUUUGCAGUCGGGGGAGCCACGGCGCUUGACGCCCCCUUGAUCCCUGGCGAAGGCAUAAAGCAGGGCUACCUUAACUACUCUCUGAGCGUUCAGCUCAAGUGGUUCGAAGAAUUGAAGCCUUCUCUGUGCCACUCCCUAAAAGGUGCCCUAUGUUUACAUCGCAUAUAUUAUUCUUUUCUCAUGCAUCAAAUAAAAUACGGUUUUUUUCAUUCCCCCUUAAAAGAUUUGUCUCCUCUGUCUCUACUCUUCGGUAGACUGCAGAACAUAUUUCGACAGAACGCUCUUUCUCGUCGGGGAGUUCGGUAUCAAUGACUACGGAAAUGAAUUCCUCGACAACGUAGAGAUAAACAAAUUAUUGCCCCGCAUACCGUCAGUCGUAGAAGCCAUCUCAUCCGCCACCGAGGUCGGGAAACCCGAGUCAACUCAUUCCUUUAGUGCAGCGAUCAAAUCGUGCAGCUGAUUCCUCAAGUGUUCUUCCUCUUUACCAGAGAUUAAUCGAACACGGUGCGGUGGAGCUGCUGGUUCCAGGGAGCACCGCCAUAGGCUGCAUGCCGGUUUGCUUGACAUCAGGAGCCAGUGCCGACAAGACAGACUAUGAUCCUAGGAAUCAAUGCCUGAAAGCGAUCAACGAUUUCUCCGAGUUUCACAACGCGCUUCUAAGGCGUGCGCUAUCUCGGCUUCAGAAGAAGUACCCAGAAGUGAGGAUAACCUACGCCGAUUACUAUGGACCUACCCUUGCCUUUGCAAACUUCCCCCAACGUUUUGGUAGGUACAUCGGUACUCCCCUCAUGACUCGUUCUCCAACAUCUCCAUCACCCGUCAUCACUGGGGUUUCUCAAAUGUCUCGACUAUAAUAUGAGCACUGUCCUGUGCUUUCCCUAAUGCAUAGGCUUCUCCAACGGCGCUCUGAGGAGCUGCUGUGGGGGCGGUGGCCGGUACAAUUUCAACUGGUCGGCGUGGUGCGGCAAACCUGGGUCCGAGGUCCACGGAGAUCCUUCCACGUUUGUGAGUUGGGAUGGCGUCCACAUGACGGACGCGGCACACCGCAUCCUUGCCGGAACUUUGAUCAAGCAGCUUGCAGACCUCCCACCUUGGCGCCCAAAGGCGUAG